CCUAUUUUUUCUUGUUUUUCCCAGUGCAGCGAGAAUGUACCCAGAAGAAAACCUUCACUAGCUGGAUAAAUUCAAUCUUGGCAAAGCAUACACCGCCUUCUGUUAUCUCAGACCUGUACACAGAUAUACAGCAAGGACAUUUGCUUUUGGAUUUGUUGGAAGUACUUUCAGGUCAACAUCUGCCACGGGAAAAAGGAUGUAAUACCUUCCAGUGCAGAAGCAACAUAGAAAAUGCUUUGACAUUUCUAAAGAGCAGAUCACUCAAGCUCAUAAAUAUUCAUGUUGCUGACAUUAUUGAAGGAAAACCUUCCAUUGUGCUUGGCCUAAUUUGGACAAUUAUUUUUCAUUUUCAUAUUGAAGAACUUGCCAGGACACUUGCUUGUACUUACAAUCAACCGUCUCUUGAUUGUUCAAGUGCUGUUGACUCCUCUCCAAAGGCAAGCAGAUCAGCUAAAAAAAGUGCAAAAAUUAAGGAACAAUGGAAGAUCUCUGCAACAAAGGCCCUUUUGUUGUGGGCAAAAGAGCAGUGUUCACUGCACGGUUCUAUCAGUGUGACUGAUUUCAAGUCAAGCUGGCGAAGUGGACUGCCUUUUUUAGCCAUCAUCCAUGCCUUAAGACCAGGUCUAGUUGAUAUGGAGAAGGCAAAAACUAGAACCAAUAAAGAAAAUCUGAAGGAGGCUUUCAGAAUUGCAGAGCUUGAGUUGAAUAUUCCACGGCUUCUUGAACCUGAAGAUGUUGACAUUAUGAAUCCAGAUGAAAAAUCAGUCAUGACUUACGUGGCUCAGUUUUUGCAAUACUCCAGGAAUUUGCCUAUAUCUGAAGGAGACAUGCAGGGAAAAGUAAGAGAGGCCAUAAGCUGGUUGGCUGCACAAGGAAAGAAGUUAGAAAAGUUGCUGAUUGACACAGAGAGUGAAACAUAUUACCAGAAGUACAAAGAAAUGAUGUCGUUUAUGGAAGCAUUUAACCAAGAAAAAAAAGCCUUUAUGCCUGUGUUGUCGUCAAAAACGAGUGUAGCUGAGCUAAGCGAAGACCAGCAGCAGAUGAGAGAAGAGUGGCAUAAACUGAUCUCUCAGAUUAAUGAAUGGAAAACAAAGCUGGACCAGAUGUUGCCCCCUCCUCUGGAUGGCAUUGAGGCCUGGCUUCAGGAGAUUGAACAUCUGCAGGCAGAAGAUUUGCCUGAUUUGCAGGACCCCUUUAAAGCAAUGUCUCUCUUCAGAGAAAUAAUUGUAAUAUUUAAG